AUGAUCUUUAAAAACCUAUCAAAAUUAUCACCAAUUUCCAAUCAUGGAACUAAUCAAAAUGUAACAGUCCAAAGUUACUCUGAUGUAUCAAGUGAUUCUGUUAAUUCCAUUGCUUGUAGACGUCAUCGUGGAUGUUGUGGUGGAAACAACAUUGAUAUCGAUAUCGAUAUUGAUAUUUGUAUUGACAAUGGUUUUGGUGAUCGUGGUGGCCGUAGUGGAUGGUGGUAA